CACCAUCCUGUACUCUGUGGCUGAAGCGUCACAGUCUAGUGUGUGAGGAGUUUGACAUGCAACCCAUUUUGGAAGUUCACAGUUUGACUUGAAGUUUCUCUGACUGCAGCUCAUUUUUUCCACAUCGGAUCUCAUCUGGAUUUUUAGCUGUUUAGUUAUUUACCAAAACAUCUUCAAUUAAGAAGUAAGAAUAGGGGGAAAAAUACUCAAGUCACUAGAAGUACAAGAGGAAGUAAAAGCUGCAACUCUUCAGUCUUUGAAGGUGUGAGAACAAGAGAACAAGAAGCAUGACCAGUCGAUUCAGAGGAAUUAAAAUGCUUCUACUUGGGAUUCUGAUGCUUCUUCUCACAGCAGUUACUGGAGAAGACGUCCUCUCCUUCACAGUCAGAGUUGGAGAUGACGUGACUUUGCCUUGUGGACGUGUGACAGAAGAUCAGCCAAACUGUGACCAGAUUACUUGGCUUUUCAAUCGAGAUAUUAGGAAAACAGCAGUAGAGUUGGUUACAAACGGGGAUUUAAUUAAAAAUGCUAAAGCUGAAGCUGAGAGACUAAAUGUCUCAGAGGAUUGUUCUCUGGUUAUAAAAAAUGUCACACCUCAGGAUGUUGGUCUUUACACCUGCAGACAGUUCAGAUCAGGAGAACAACAUGGUCCAGAAGCUAAAGUUUCUCUGUCUGUUAUUAACGUGGAGUCUCAUGGUCUCGUCUUCUUUAUCUGCUCUGUGUCGACAUAUUCUGAGUGUUGGCACUCAGUAGAGUGGCUGUAUAAAGGUCAUAUGAAAGACACAGAGACAACACAGCGCACCUGUUCAGCCAACGUGUCAUUCCCAUCUCCUCUUCCUGAUCAGAAGUCAAACCUUGAUGAGUCCCUGUAUUGUAAUGUGACAGAUGUUAGGAGUGGACAAACACUGAGACUUAAUGUCAGACAUCAGUCCUUACAUGAGGAAACAGUCUCUUUUACAGGUUUGCUCAGGUUCAUUAUUUUCUGUGUGCUGUUAGCUGCACUCAUCAUCAUCGUUGUGGCAGUCAACAUAUGGUCAUGGACUAAAGAGAACAAACCUCAGACGGAUCCCAAUGCUGUGCAAAACGAUGAAGAUGAAGACGAAGACGAUGGGUCAGUCGUCUAUGAAAACUCUGGAGGCCAUGAUGCCUCGAUAGGAAACCAGUGAGCGACAACAUCAGGACCUGUAACAUCUUAAAAAGUGUU